AUGUCCGCCGAAGAACAAGUCCAGCUCUCCAACUUCAAUACCCUCUUCUCGCUCGAUGGUAAAGUCGCCGUCGUGACAGGUGGUUCGCGCGGUUUGGGCUUGCAUGCUGCCAGUGGACUCCUUCAAGCCGGCUGCUCAAAAGUCUACAUCACGUCUCGCAAAGCAGCUGCCUGCGACGAGGCCGUCCGCGCGCUGAACGCUCUUCCCAACAAACGCCCCGGCGCGGUCGCCAUCGCCGUCCCCGCCGAUAACAGCCGCAUGGCAGAGCUCGAUCGACUCGUCGAGGAAGUCAAGAAGACGACAGACCAUGUUGAUAUUCUUUUUGCGAAUGCGGGCGCGACGUGGGGUGAGAAGUUUGAGACGCAUCCGGAAGCGAUGUUCUCGAAGGUGAUGGAUUUGAAUGUUAAGUCGGUGUUUUAUACCAUUCAAAAGUUCGCGCCGCUCUUGUCUGUGAAGGCGACCAAGGAGGAUUCCUCGCGCGUGCUCAUCACGGGGUCCGUGGCUGGUUUGAUCCCCGGUACUCUGGGCGAGAACGCCACGUUCAGUUAUUCGGCGUCGAAAUCGGCAGUGCUUCAUUUGGCGAAGAACCUGGCGCUGGAGUUGGGGCCCCGGUACAUUUCGGUCAAUGCGAUUGCACCGGGAUUCUACCCCUCGAAGAUGGCGAACGGGUUGAUUGAGAAGCAGGGCGGCUUGAGUGCGCUGGAGGACCAGUCGCCGAACAAGAGGUUGGGGAGACCCGAGGACAUUGCCGGGUUGGUGGUGUUUUUGGCCAGUCGGGCUGGUGCACACUUGAAUGGUGCCGUGGUGGCGACUGAUGGGGGCAGUCAUUUGAAGGGGAGAUUGUGA